AUAUAUACUUAUCGUGUUUCUCUGAAGACUUUGCUAUAUACAAGUUGGCCAAGAUCACCAAUAAGGAUUUGCCUAUCCUUCUCUGGCGCUCCUGAAUCCUCUUAGAUGGUUAUACCUUGGUGUUCGUCCAUGAUGCGGCUUUUGUGGUUCUUGUUCGCGCUUCUUCUUGCCAGAUCGGUGGCAGAUGCUGCAACUGCGAACUACACUUUCACUGUGGAAAGCAUGCGAGUCAGUCGGCUAUGCAACAGCACUGACAUUAUUGCGGUGAACGGCCUACUGCCAGGCCCAAUGAUAGAAGUGAAUGAAGGUGACGCAGUUGCUGUCGAGGUCAUCAACGGAUCACCAUAUAACUUAACCAUACACUGGCAUGGCAUACUCCAGCUACUGACGCCAUGGGCGGACGGCCCGAGCAUGGUCACGCAGUGCCCUAUCCAGCCGAACAGCUCGUACACGUACAGGUUCAACGUCACCGGACAAGAAGGCACGCUGUGGUGGCACGCCCACUCCUCCUUCCUGCGCGCCACCGUGUACGGCGCUCUCAUCAUCCGGCCAAGAAACGGCUCCGCCUAUCCCUUCCCCGCGCCGGACCAAGAGGUCCCCAUCGUGCUUGGGGAAUGGUGGAGCCGGAAUGUCGUCGACAUCGAGAGCGACGCCGUCUCAUCUGGCCAGCUUCCCAGAGAAUCCGACGCGUUCACCGUUAAUGGUGUUACCGGCGAGCUCUACCAAUGCGCAAAUGACACGUUCACGGUGGACGUGCAGCCCAACACGACGGUGCUACUCCGGGUCAUCAACGCUGGACUCAACACGCACCUCUUCUUCAAGGUGGCCGGCCACGCGUUCACCGUCGUGGCCGUCGACGCGUGCUACACCGCCAACUACACCACGGACACGCUCGUGCUCGCGCCGGGGCACACCGUGGACGCGCUCAUGGUCACCAACGCGUCGGCCGGCAGCUACUACAUGGCGGUGCAGGCGUACGACAGCCUGUCUCCGACCACCAUGGCCGUAACCGACGACACCACCGCCACGGCCAUCGUGCACUACAACACCACGUCGACCAAGAAAAACGCGACGCCCGUCAUGCCCACCAUGCCCCAGAGCUCCGACUCCGCGACGGCCAACGCCUUCUACUUCGGGCUGAGGGGCCCGCCGUCUCCCAGCGCGCCGGCCGUGCCGACCAAGGUGGACGUGAACAUGACCAUCGAGCUGGGCCUCGGCCAGCUGCCGUGCGACUCCACACAGAGCAGCUGCUCGGGGAAAUCCGUCGCGGCGGCGAUGAACGGCGUGUCGUUCCGCCUCCCGUCGCAGAUGUCCCUCCUGGAGGCGCAGUUCAACCGCACGCCGGGGGUGUACACCGCCGACUUCCCGGACGCCCCGCAGCCGAGCGGCACGCCGAUGGUCGAGGGGACCAAGGUGCGGAGGCUCAAGUACAACUCGACGGUGGAGAUCGUGCUGCAGAACCCGACCGCCUUCCCGUCGGAGAACCACCCGAUCCACCUCCACGGCUUCAACUUCUUCGUGCUGGCCCAGGGCCUCGGCAACUUCACGCCGGGCAACGUGAGCGGCUACAACCUCGUCGACCCGGUUUCGCGCAACACCCUCGCCGUGCCGACCGGCGGCUGGGCCGUCAUCCGUUUCGUUGCCAACAAUCCAGGCAUGUGGUUCUUCCAUUGCCACCUUGACGCGCACGUUCCGAUGGGGCUCGGCAUGGUGUUCGCGGUGGAUAACGGGACGACGCCUGACUCCUUCCUCCCUCCGCCGCCUGCCGAUCUGCCGAAGUGCUAGAACCUGCAAGAUUCUGGCGUUGGUGUCAAAUUGUAAUGCACUUUCGUAGCCAAAUUUUACUUCAUAUUUGUUCUUGUGUUUGUGUAAAUGGAGUACAGGAGGCACGAAACGAGGUAGUGCCGUUCGUUUAUUUGUUCUGUGUAUGUGUAUCAUGUGUAAACUGUAAAGAGGUCUGUUUUUUUUUUCCUCUCCGGGGGAACGUGUAAACUGUAAAGCAACAAAUGUCAAACUUCAGAUUCCUUUGACUGUGUUAAACAUGAAUUUAUUCCAGGAUACCAAUUAAGCAA